UUUAAAGGUCAUCCUUUUGGCAGCAUCAACUAACGGAAAGUCAGCUCCCUGAACAUGGCUGAGUUUGGAGAGAUCCUCCGGAAUAUCGGAGAGUUUGGAACAUUUCAGAAGGUCACCCUUUUUGCUCUUUGCUUCCCAAAUGUUAUCCUGCCUUUUCAUUUUGCCAGUGUAUUUUUUAUCCAGUCAGAUCCGGAGCGGCACUGUAACACAGACUGGAUCCUCAGGGCUGAUCCUAACCUGACCACAGAUGAGCAGCUGAACCUGACUCUGCCCCGGGAGGAGGAUGGGACCUUCAGCAGGUGUCGGAUGUUCGUCCCUGUGGACUGGGACAUUGGUGCCAUCAGGGAGUACGGACUCAAUGAGACGACAGUGUGUCAGAAUGGAUGGGUGUACGGCAAGACCCUGUAUGAUGCCACCAUAGUCACUGAUUUUGAUCUAGUUUGUGAUAAGGCAAACUUGUUGCAAGUGGCACAAACAGUGUUGAUGGCUGGCAUUCUAGUUGGUUGUCUCUUAUUUGGACCUUUUGCUGAAUCGUUUGGUCGUAAACGAGCAGCUCAGAUGCCAGUUUUUGUCAUGCUCAUAUUCACCGUAACAACUGGACUGUGCCCCAACUUCUAUUCAUAUCUAGCAUCCCAGUUCAUGGUGGGAAUUGGCUAUGGAGGUUUUCGACUGAAUGGCGUCAUAUUAGCCACUGAGUGGAUCGGUGUGUCUAGGCGUUCAUGGGGAGCAUGUGUGACUCAGCUGUUUGGUGCAGUUGGGCAGUGUGUCCUCGCUGGUAUGAUCUACUUCAUCCGAGACUGGAGACUGGCUCAGUUCAUCACAGCUGCUCCGUUUGCAGUGAUCUCUAUUUACAUAUGGUUCAUUCCAGAGUCAGCCAGAUGGUUGCUGGGCAGAGGAAGGAUAGAAGAGGCUAAACAGCUGAUUACCAAAGUGGCAGCCAUCAACAAGCACCCUGUUUCGGAUUCUCUGCUGGAAAAUAUGGUUAAGAAAGAAACUGAGAAAAAGGGAGGCAUAAUAAUUCUUAUCCAAUCAUCUGUGCUUAGGAAGUAUUUCUUUACGCUACUAUUGGCAUGGUUCUCGUUGAAUGUUGCCUACUACUGCCUUUCAUUUAAUGUGGGAAAUUUUGGCUUGGACAUCUUCCUGACACAGCUCAUGUUCGGUCUGACUGAGCUACCAGCUCAUAUACUUUGCAUCUGGCUGUUAGAGGCACUGGGGAGAAAAAUAUCACUGAUGGCAACACUUCUGAUUGGAGGAUUCUUGUGCAUGUUAAUCCUAGCUGUUCCUCAAGGUAAUGCUGUUGCUGUGACUGCAUUAGUAACCUCGGGACGUUUUUUCAUAAACUGGGCAGGGUCCGUAUGUAAUGUGUACGUUCAGGAGCUCUUCCCAACAUCUUUUCGACAAACAGCCUCUGGGUUGGGCUCCAUUGCAAGCAGAGCCGGUGGCUUGCUGUCUCCAUUGCUCAACAUGUUGGCCAUGUACCACCAGUCCAUACCCACCAUUGUUUUAAGCAGCCUCUGUCUGAUCAGUGGAGCUCUCAGCUUCCUGCUCCCUGAGACCAGGAGAAAAGAGCUUCCUGAUUCAACUGAUGAGGCUGAGGGCAACAGAAAUAAGACAACCUGGAUGAAGCAAAGUCAAGCAAACGACCCUGCACAAUGCAAAACUUCCAGAUUGUAGUCUGAGCACUUCUAUGAUUUACUUUCUUUUUGUUGUGCACAAAAUCAGCUGUAGAUAUUUAUUGUUUUCAGGACAAAUUGUAAUGUUUUGGUGGGCAGCAAAUCUUUACUUGUAGAAAGAAAUAUCAAGUCGUCAUUGGAAAAUUGCUGUGAAAUGUGCUAGUACUUUCAUGAUUUCCAUGUUGGACACUCCAUUUUUCACUCCAGUCAUGUGUCAGCUUUACACACAUCUCCAAAUGUUGUGAUCCGAUGGCACUUUUUAUUUAAAAUUCUGCUAUAUUUUGUCAGUUGGUUUUUGCAACACUUUGCUUUUUUUUUUUUAACUUAAACUAUCACUAACUAAUAAAUUAUUAUUAUCAAGUA